AUGGCUUCAACACUCACAUCACACACCAGGACGCUGCCAUUCUUCUCAGUCUAUUGCACAUUGUUCAGUGUCCCAUACUACUCACAAAGCCCAUUCAUUCAAAAAGAAGGUCUCAUCCAAAAAACAGGUAUGUCGUCCUACUUCCCGGCAUCCCUCUACCACUCACAAAACACCCCCUUGCCAUGCUUAUCCAAAAAAAAGCGGCGUCCCUCUACAACUCACAGAACACCCCCUCGCCAUGCCUUAUCAAAAAAACAAAAGAACACCCCCUCGCCAUGCUCAUCCAAAAAAAAGAACACCCCCUCGCUGUGCCUUAUCCAAAAAAAAGAACACCUCCUUGCCAUGCCUCAUCCAAAAAAAGAACACCCCCUCGCUGUGCCUUAUCAAAAAACAAAAGAACACCCCCUUGCCAUGCUCAUCCAAAAAAAAAAGAUCACCCCCUCGCCGUGCUCAUCCAAAAAAAAAGAACACCCCCUCACCACGCCUCAUCCAAAAAAAAGACCACCCCCUCGCCAUGCUCAUCCAAAAAAAAAG